AUGGAGCAGACGCGUAUCGUGGCGAAGGAAGCGGUAAGAGUUGACUCGAUAGUGGAGGAUCUUCAGGAGCAGCUUCGCCGAGCGCAGAACGAAGCUUCCGCCGCGCAAGACGAGUGCGCGGAGUUGCGCCGCGGGCUGCAGUCCGCCUGGGAAGACGUGCGGGAGCUUGAGGGGAAGUUUGAGGGGCAGCGGCGGGAACUGGAGGCGCAACGGCGGGAUGCGGAGGCGGAGCGGCGGGAGAAUGAAGCUCGGCGGAAAGUGCACCUUGAGGCGCAGGAGCGGGAGCUUCAGGAGCGCUGGCAGGCGGAGUUGCGCCAGCAGCGGGAGCAGUGGCAGGCGCAGCUGCAGUCGGCGCAAGAUGACGCUCGGAUGCUCCGGGCGGAGAACGACGCCCUCCGCGGGGGUGCGGAACUUUCCCGGGAAAGGUUGGGCUCCGCUCUGGCGGAAAGCCGCGAGUUGGAAGAUGGGCUGCGCGCAGCCGAGGCGGAGAGGCGGAAGGCAGAGGAAAGCUUCAAAGCAACAAAUGUGGAGAUGGUGGAAUUGCGCGCAAGUGCGGAGGAGAUGCGCGCGCGCCUGGUGAAGGAGCAGGAGCGCGCGGCGGACUUGGCGCUGGAGAACGGGAGGCUGCGCGGGGAGGUGCGCCAGUUGGCGGGCGCAAACGCGGAGCUCCGGCAGCUGGAGGAGGCAGCGCAGGCGGCGCAGGCGGCGCAGGCGGAGCUGCGGAGAGCGCUAGAGGAAUGCGCGGAACAACGGGAGCAGGUCCGCGCGUUGGCCGCCAAAGGCGCGCAGACUCAGAAAGACCUCGCGGAAGCGCGUGAGGAGAACGCGGAGCUUUUGGGGGAGCUGGCGGAAGCGAAGGGGAGAAACGAGGGCCUGCAGAAGCGGCUGGACGCGGCGGUUCUUUCGCGCGGAGGCGGAGGCGGAGGCGCGGAACGGGCGCGGAUAGUCUCCGUGAGAAACGAACAGAUGAGGAGAGACCUGGAGCUUGCCUGUCGGGAGAUCAGGCACUGGCAACGGCAAGCCGAGUCGCAGGUGAAAACGCAGGGGGGCGGGGCGGAGAGGAAGGAUGGUGAAGCCUGCAGCUGCGGCGGGUUCGGCGGCAGUAGCCCGGCUAGCAGUGCCUCUCCCAGGCUGGCUCGGCCCGGAGCAACCAGGCUCGGCAACCUACGCAGCCCCGGCGGCGGUUCGGUCGUAGGCUCGGAGGUGGGAAGCCCGGCGGCAGGCGGCGGUGUUGGUGAAGGGGCUACUGGGGCAGGUUCAUCUGGGGGUAAUAAGGGCCCCAUGGAUUCGCUUCUAGUGCUGCUGCGGCAGGAGAACGAGCGGUUGCGAAAGUCGCUUAAAGAAGCAGAGGCGCGGAUAGAAGCUCUUAACGCGGAUGUUGUGACGGCAGAGGCAGCUUUGGCGGCAGCCCAGUCAGCAAGGGACGCUGCUGAGUCAGCGAGAGUGGCUGCUGAGUCAGCGAAGGAGGUUGCAGAGGCGGGGAGUAAGGGGGCGGAGGAGGGGAGGCUGCAGGCGGAAGAGGGGCGGCGGAAGGCGGAGGAGGGGAGGAGGCGGGCGGAAGAAAGUGUCUUGCGGAGCAUUUUGGGGGAAAGGGAGAGGAGAGAGGCGGAGAAGGGGCGGCAGGGCGGAGGGGAGAGGGCAGAAGAUGGGGGAUACACGUACAGAAUGGGGGUGGUGGUGGAGGGCAACAGUAACGGUCCGCUUAUAGAGCAACUGAAUAAGGAGAACCGCGGGCUGAAGACGCUCGUCCGCUUCUUGCAGACGAUGCUGGUGAAGCAGGAGGAGGAGGCGUCCCACAUCAAACGCGAACUGGAAGAGUUGAGACGGAAAGCAGGGGUAGGCGCAGGAGCAGGUGCAGGGGCAGGUGCAGGGGUACAGGAAGUUACGCCUCUUAGCAGCCCUGCCAAGCCUGGCUCGGAGGCUCGGGUGCGGAAGCAGGCAGAGGAAGCCGCCAAGGCAGCUGCUUCGGGAGCUGCCGUGGCUGCACGGGCCGAAGCAGCAGCAGGAGCUGCGGAAGCGGAACGGGUGCAGUUGCGGGCACGGAUUGAGUUUCUGGAGAGGGAAUUGUGGGUUACAGAGGAGAGGCUGCGUCGAACAGAGGAGAAGGCAGCAAGGUUAGAAAGCGAGCUUGAGAGGUCCCAAUCCGAAGCUGCUGCUGCCCGAGCCAAUGCCGAUGCUGCCCGCGGGGCUAUUUCCGAGGCUGAGCGCCGAGCCACCGAGGCUGAGCGCCGGGUCGCCGAGGCCACGGCUCGGGCAUCCAGAGCUGAAACGGAGGCUCGGGUGUCGAAAACGGAGGCUGAGGCUCGGAUGUUCCGGUCUUCAGGGACUGAUGCUGGCCAGGUCGCCAAAGCUGAGGGUCGGGCAGCAGAAGCCGAGGCUCGGGCGAGGGAAGCCGAGGCUCGGAUAACGGACCUGGAGGCACGGCACGAGGAGCUAACGCUUCAACUACGUGCGGCAAAGGCCCGUACGGAAAAGCUGAGCAUGCGGGUGGUACAUGCGGCACACGGGGACAAACGCCACGCGGAAGAAUCAGCAGCGUUUGCCGAGGCGAAGCAGAAGACUCUGAUCCAGCUGGCUGAAGAGGUGGAGGCACUGAGAGAUGAGGCGAGGGAGGCGAGGGCAGCAGCUAAGGCGAGAGAGAGGGAGGCGGCGAGGAGCAGAGAGGAGCUGGCGAAGGUGAAGAGAUGGAUGGCUGGACGGGCCGGGCGAGGGAGGGUGGGGGCUGCAGCUGGCGGGGAGAAUGUGUGGGGAGGAGGGGGCGGUGCUGGUGGGAGUGGAGAGAGAGGGGGGGGCGGAGAGGGGAGUUCGUCAGGGGGGAAUGGGCAAGGGGAAGGGGGGAAGGUUGGGGUUGUGGCAGGAGGAGGGGGUAGUGGAGGAGGUGGUGGGGUAGGUAGGGAUGGUGGGAGUGGGAGUGGUGAGGAGGAUGGGGGUAGCCCUAGUGGGUUGUGGGAGGGCCAUCAACAGGAUCUGCGGUUUGGAGAGAUGCUCUCGUGGCCGUUCGAUCUUGUGCUGCCGUCGAAGUUUCUCGGGAGCGGGUAUUAG